AUGAUUGAAUCUACAGACACUCAAAAUCCCGCAAUCAACAAUACUUUAUCCCCAGUAUGGUUUUCACCAAGUUCCAACUCGAAAUCCCCUGCUGACUCCAAUGUACUGGCUUGUAAAACACGUUUAGAAACUAUAGCAAAGACUGCCGUGGAACAUUUUCAAAAAUGGUGCCUCACAGAUAAACGUGGUCUACAGUUGUGCCUACAUAUAGAAGCUAUAAAAACCAAAGUAUUAGAACAAAUGACUUCGACCACCAUGGAAGCUAAGAGUAACGAGGAAUUUACCCUGUACCCAGCAUCGAUGAAACCACACUGUAACAAUUUAUUAAUUAUUGCAACAAUAUGCAGAGAUAUUUCCGUAAAGACAAAGGAAUCAGUUAAACAAUUAAAAGCCUUAAGUAAACUACCUGGGAGCUCUAAUGAAAUAUUCUACCGCUCAUGGCAGUUAAAUGAGUUUGUGGAAUUUUUAUCAGAACUAGCAGAACGUUAUGAAAAGGAGGCGGAAAUUCGAUUAGCAGUGGCGGAAAAUCUUCCCCACUGUACAACAAGAGCUGAUCUUAUACGUUGGACGUCUGCCUGGGAAUAUCCCCAAUAUGUUGAUGCCUAUGUCCAUAGCUUAUUUAAAUUUUUUAACGAAGAAAUAGAAAAUAAAACAAAAAAUUAAU